UACACGAUGGACCCAUUCCGGCGCAAUCCCCUCCUGGAAGUAACCAAGUGCGAGAUGUGCCCCAAUUUGGUGUACCACUUUCCGACCGGAUUAUGUGUCCGCUGCUUCACCCUUUGGGCCGGAAAGAAACAACUGGACGCAGUGCGUCCUACCGUUGACCAAACGAGGGCCAUCGCUGUCAGCAUGGCCCGCAGUUCGGAUGCGCAGGAUCAGGGCCAAAUGGAUCCCGUGUUCCAGCGUGUGAUUGCGGAGAUGCGGAUGCAGCGCCAGCAGAAAUUGAAGCUGUUCCAGAAGAUACGCCUCCAGUUUCAGUACUCGGUACUCACCGCUCCCUUCCAUGACACAAAUCCCAAAUACGAGGUCAAGGAGGACUACUGGAACGUGCCGGAUAUCGUGGAUCAGGACAUGCUGAUGUUUCAGCAUGAAAUCGAUCUGCUUGGAGAUAUACCCCGCACGCCUUCCGAGGUUCUUGGCCCAAAGAACAAUAAAAUGCGCGAGAAUACAAAGGAAAAUUGGAGUUAA